AAAAAAAGUUCAUCUUCCGCACACGGGCUAGCUUCCUUUUUAAUUCAUUUUUUUCUCACUUCCUCUACAUUUUACGUUACCCUUUUCUUCUCUCCCGCCAUGGAAGAAGCACCCAGCAGCAAGCCCGCCACCACGAGCAACAAAUCCCACAAGCACAACAAUGGCAACAACAACGGCAACCAAACGGGCGUGGUGAUUGGAGGGUUUUUGGAGACGACCAAAUCCGACAGGUCGGUGUGGCUCAUGAAAUGCCCUUCUCUCGUCUCUCGCUCCCUCCGCUCGCCCUUCCCUGAUGAUCCUUCACGCCCCGUCGCCAAAGUCGUCGUCUCCGUCGACCCUCUCAACUCCAACGACGACGAAUCUUCUACCCAGUUCACCAUGGAACUGGCUGCCACGGAAUCGGGAGAUGCACCGAAAUCAUACACUUUGGAUAUGUCCAAGGACUUUGUUCCAAUGUCUGUAUUUGCUGAGUCGCCUCAAGGAAAGGUCUUUGUGGAGGGGAAAAUACUGAACAAAUUUGACGUGAAGCCGCAUACUGAGAGUCUUGAAAAAUAUGGGAAACUUUGUCGUGAGAGGACAAAGAAGUAUAUGACCAGGAAUAGGCAAAUCCAGGUCAUUGAUAAUGACAAAGGAACUCACAUGAGGCCUAUGCCCGGGAUGAUGACAACCUCUUUUACUGUACAUGAAAAGAAGAAGCCGCCAGCCAAAGCAUCUGAAACUAAAAGGACAAGAAGGGACCGUGGAGAGAUGGAAGAUAUUAUGUUCAAGCUAUUUGAGAGGCAACCAAAUUGGACUUUGAGACAACUUAUUCAAGAAACUGAUCAGCCUGAGCUAUUUCUGAAGGACAUACUGAAGGAGCUCUGCGUAUACAACAAUAAGGGAAGCAAUCAAGGAUCAUAUGAGCUGAAGCCAGAAUACAAGAAAUCAAGUGAGCCAGAUCCAGCUACUUGAAGGAAAAAACUCUCAAGUGCCGAGAAUGGGAAUUUCAUAAUAACACCGAUUCCCAGUGCUUCCAUUAGCUGCAGGUUAACUUAUUCUUGGAUGGGUUAGUUCAUGUAAAGGCUCCAGUGCCAGGUUAGGACGUAGUAGGGCCUUGAAUGGGACCUAACCUGGGGCGUCUUUUCCGCUAAUUAUUUGUUGCUGCAUCAACAUGAAUUUAGAAAUAGAGUAGGUUUAACCAGGUAAGUGAUCGGUUGAAGUCCGAUUCCUAAUGGACGGAGGGCCAAUUUGUGUCCCCAGUGAUUACAUUGAACUGUCAUCGAUAGAACUGUAAAUAAUAAUUCAUGAAAGAGCAGGUUGCAUCUUCCUUUCUUUCUUCCUCCUUAUUCCACUUAUGUACAGAGUUGUAUCAUGCGAGUCUGUUACCAUACCUUCAGAAACAUUGUUGCUUGGAUCUGUUGUCCGUGAUUUAGCAGCCUCGGAAAAUGGCAGGCCAU